UGAGUGUGGAAAGGGUUUUGGUGCUUCAUCCAGUCUCCAGAGACACCAGCGAGUUCACACUGGGGAGAGGCCAUUCAUCUGCUCCAUGUGUGGAAAGGAAUUUACUGUUUCAUCCAACCUGCGGAGACACCAGCGAUUACAUGACAGGGAAAAGCUGUUCACCUGCUCUGAGUGUGGGAGGGGAUUCAAUUAUUCAUCUAGCUUGCGGAAGCACCAGCGAGUUCAUACUGGGGAGAGGCCAUUCAACUGCUCUGAGUGUGGGAAGAGAUUCACUGAUUCGUCAAGCUUGUGCAAACACCAACAAAUUCACUCGGAGGAGAGGCCAUUGACCUGUUCUGAGUGUGGGAAGGGAUUUGCUCACUUAUCCCAUCUGCUGACUCACCAGCGCGUUCACACUGGGGAGAGGCCAUUCAUCUGCUCCAUAUGUGGGAAGGGAUUCACUCAGUCAUCCCACCUGCUGACACACCAGCGUGUUCACACUGGGGAGAGGCCUUUCAUCUGCUCCAUGUGUGGGAAGGGAUUCACUCAGUUGUCAAGCCUGUUGCGACACCAGAUGGCUCACACUGGAGAGAAGCCAUUCCCCUGUUCCAUGUGUGGCAAGGAAUUUACUCGAUCGACCAGUCUGCUGAGGCACCAGCGAGUUCACACUGGAGAGAGGCCGUUCACCUGCACCACGUGUGGGAAAGGAUUCACUGAGUCAUCAAGUUUGUUGAUACACCAACGUGUUCACACUGGAGAGAGGCCGUUCACCUGCUCAGAGUGCGGGAGGGGAUUCAUUGAUUCAUCCAGCCUGCGGAAACACAGGCAUGCUCAUACUGGAGAGAGGCCAUUCAUUUGUUUUGUGUGUGGGAAGGGCUUCAGUGAGUCAUCCACAUUGCUCCGACACCGCUUCAAACAUAUUGGAGCGAAACCAUGGAAAUGUGCAGACUGUGGGAAGGGAUUCAGUUCUCCGUCCCAGCUGGAAGCUCAUCGGCGCAGUCACACUGGAGAGAGGCCGUUUACAUGUUCCGAGUGUGGAAGGGGAUUCACACUGUCAUCCAGCCUUCAGUUACACCGGCGGGUUCACACCGAUGAGAGGCCUUUUAAAUGCUUUGACUGUGGGAACUGCUUUAAAAUCUCACCAGAUUUAAUUAAACAUCAGCUUGUUCACAGUGAUGAGAGACCGUUUGGUUGCUCUCGCUGUGAGAAGAGAUUCAGACAAUCAUCUCACCUCAUUCAACACCAAAGAGUUCACACUGGGGAGAGGCCAUACAUCUGCUCCAUGUGUGGGAAGGGCUUCACUUCGUCGUCCAACCUGGUAACACACCAACGGGUUCACACAGGGGAGAAGGUGUUCAUUUGCUCCGAGUGUGGUAAGGGGUUUUCUCAGUCAUCCAAUCUGCGGUCCCACCAGCGGGUUCACACUGGGGAGAGGCCAUUCAUCUGCUCUGUGUGUGGGAGGAGAUUUGCUCGUUCAGCUCACUUGCUGACACACCAGCGAGUUCACAAUUGACUACUAGGAUUGGUAUCUGCUGUGAAUCACAACCCUUUUGUGUUUCAGUUGUAGUGAAUAAUUUGCAUAACUGGGCUGGUGUACAGUGUUCUGGACUUCGGGCAAGUCAGUCAGUUUUGCUGGAAACAAGACAGUGUGUUGUCGAAAAUGAGAGAGAGGAACAGGAGUGGACCAUACCAUUCUGCCAUUCAGUAUAAUCCUGGUUAAUCAUCAGACCUUUUUUGCCUGUUCCUAUAUCCCUCAAUUUCCUGGCAAACCAAUACUCUGUUUACCUUAGUUAUAAAUGUAUUCAGUGAUGGAACGAGAAGAAGGAAAUGAACACUUACCUGACGAGGAGGCCCUAUGGCCCAUCAUGUCUGUGCCAGCCCAAUCUCACUUUCCAGCUCCUGCUCUGUGACCUUACACAGGUCAAGUGUAAAUCCAGCACUUUUCAAAUGUGAGGAAACUUUCUGCUUCUCCUGCCCAAUCAGGCAGUGAUUGGGCAUACAAGUCCCUACAUAGUGAAAACAUUUCUCAAAUCUCUUCUAGCCCAAUUAUGUUAAAUUCGCCAUCUAUUAGUUGUUGAUCUCUCUGCUCAAGAAGGAUGAAUGGACAGGAAAAACUGAUGUCAGGCCCUAUUGGUUGUAUUCACCUCAAUUAAAUCUCCCCAGAGUCUUCUCAGUCCAAAUUAAAGAGCUGAACCCAUCAUUCUCCUCAAACUCUGUAGUACUGGCAAACUUCUUAAUAACACUCCACUGACCACUUUCCUGUGAUCACAUUAUAACUGGAACAUGGUGAUUGGAACUGGAUGCUGUCAUUUAAUAUGGUCUGAAGAUGGCUAUGACUGAAUAGAAUCAUUAGGAUCCCAACAGUGUGGAAGUAGGCCGUUCACUCCAUCAAGGCCCACACUGAUCCUCUGAAGAGCAUCCCACCCAGAC